UAUGUAGAUGCAAGUGACCUCUAACAGGAGGUUUUUGAACUGAAGAAAAUAUAUGGGGGAAAUUAUAAUUUAAAAUGGCGGGCGCGUAGUUGUUGUGCUUGUGGUUUUUCGCGAAACCAGUGUUUUCGUCCAGUUUACGGUGCUUUUCUUAAUGAAAAUUGGUCGGACAGGUGCCAAAACAUAUCCAAAUUAUCGUAUUUUUGUUCGUGAAGUGCACUUUUAGUCAUAAAGUGGGAUUUCCAUAGCUCAGGUGUCAAUGCACCUGGUGUUGAUGUGAAAGUACUGUAAUAUUAAAGGGUUUUAUGGGACCAACGCCACUCAGCUCAUAAGCGGCAAUCACUCCCGAACAUGUGCAGUUUAGUGAAAAAUGCUCAAUCUAUCUACUCUGAUGGUUAAGAGGAACAAACCCCACCUGUUGUAUAUACUUUUUUUAUGUUUUCUCCAUUUCCACGCCACCAACCCCUACCUUAUACUGGUGGAAGACACCUCGUUACCUGGAACCGUAAUUUUCAAUGCCUCGGUAUUCCGACUGGGGUCGGAUAGGGCCUACACGAUCAACCAGAAGAGAUCGGCCCCAUUCGUCCAGUCCCUUAUACAAGUAGAGGCGAACACUGGCCAGGUUUCUUUGCUGGAAGGGCUGCAAUGCACUGGACUGUAUUACCCAACGCUUUUUACUGUGCACAUUGACUCCACAUCGAGCAGAAUCAGGGACAUCAACUACUACAGUUUGCCUUUGAGGAUAUUUAUUACUGGAAAAGAAUGCGCUGAUCACUCAGCUGAAGAGGAUCUGGAAUAUUUGGAUGAGUUUGCAAGCGACAAGCGAAGCCGUCGGUCUGAAAAUGACCGGAACCCUUUCGCACAUGUCCAGCCUUCGGCCAAGCAGCGAAUAAACGCGGCCAGACAAUGGGUGUCGGAGACGUACGCUUCUUUUGCUAUCCCAACCGCCGGAAAAUGGCGCAAAAUCUGCCUGCGGCAGUCGCAAUUUGUUAAUUCCAUUACGAAUUUCCUGCCCUUGACUAUACUGGAGUCCUGCACAGUGAAGUUUCACUAUGUUAGUGACGAGCGGUUUGAGAUUGAGCACAGCCAAGGCGAUUUGGUGGCCAGCCGGGACGUUUGCAUAGUGGAGCCCAUGUGGAAAGUGUCGGUUCUAUUCACGUCCGAAUGCAGAGAGGCGAACAUUCUGAACUCGGAGCAUCGCCUGAAAAUCGUCUACCAUCAUCAGCAGUUCAACGACACCGACAUCGCCAAAAGAGUGCGAAGAGAGCUGAGGAACCAGUCGCCGUUCUUCGAGCAGCAUCUCUACGUGGCCAGUGUGUUGGAAGAGUGCGAGCCUCCAGUAAUAGUCACCACCGUAAAGGCCCGAGACCCGGAAAACAGCCCCAUCACCUACUCAAUGACGAGCCUCUUGGACUCCCGCACUCAAUCCAUGUUCGACAUUGACCCCAAGUCGGGAGUAGUCAGCACCAAGGUGCAACUGGACAGAGAACUCGUGGACGUGCACUACUUCAGAGUGACUGCGCAAGACAACACUUUUCCUCCCAGAUCAGGCACCACGAUGCUCCAAAUCAACGUGCAGGACGCAAACGAUCAUUCCCCGGUCUUCGAAAUGAACGAAUACGACGCCAGCAUCAAAGAGAGCGUCAGUGUGGGCACGACAGUCAUCACCCUGAAGGCCACCGACCAGGACAUCGGGAAAAACGCCGAAGUGGAAUACUCCAUUCAGAGCAUCAACGGCGGCGGGACUUCAACGGAAGAGGAGGACAACGCGUUUAAAAUCGACGCAAAAACCGGCGUGAUCACCACUCGAAGCCUGCUGGAUCGGGAGACCACUGAAGUCUACACGCUGAUUGUAGGAGCAACUGAUCUGGCCAGCCCGCAGACCACCAGAAGAUCUUCAUCGGCCAGCGUGAUCAUCAGCAUCCUGGACGACAACGAUAACUACCCCCAAUUCUCCGAACGCACCUAUUCAGUGGCGCUGAACGAGGACGCGAACUGGGGGGAAAACCCCGUAAUCGCCCACAUCAAAGCGACGGACUCGGACCAGGGCGUCAACGCCGCCAUUCGCUACGCCCUCAUCAGCGGAAACACCCAGUCUCAGUUCGCCAUCGAUAGCUUAACGGGGGACGUUUCAUUGGUGAAGCCGCUCGACUACGAGACGCUCCGAAACUACCGAUUGGUGAUCAGAGCGCAGGAUGGGGGCAGCCCGGCCAGGUCCAACACCACCCAACUCCUAGUCAAUGUCAAGGACAUCAACGACAACGUGCCCCGAUUCUACACGUCCCUGUUCCAGGAAAGCGUGCAGGAGAACGUGCCUAUCGGCUACAGCGUUGUAAAAGUGCAGGCCUACGAUGCGGACGAGGGCCCCAAUGCCGAAAUCAAAUACACCAUUUCCCCCAGAGAUGCCACUGGGGGCAGCACCGACGACCUGCCCUUAUCAGUGGACCCCCAGUCCGGCUGGAUCUACACCACCAAAGACCUGGAUCGGGAGGAUCAGUCCAAGUUCAUGUUCCAGAUAAUAGCGGCCGAUCAAGGAGUGCCGUCGCAAUCGGCCAGCGCCAGCGUUAUCAUAACUGUGCAGGACGUGAAUGAUAAUGACCCGGUUUUCGAGCCCAAACUCUACGAACUGACUGUGGCUGAAGAUGACCCUCCAGGCACUCCAGUUACCACCGUGACGGCAACCGAUGCGGACGAAGACAACAAGCUGCACUACGAAAUAACCAACGGGAAUACCAGAGGGCGGUUUGCCAUCACGUCCCAGAAUGGGCGGGGCCAGAUCACCAUAGCGCAGCCGUUGGACUACAAGCUCGAAAAGCGGUACAUCCUUACAGUGACAGCAGCAGAUUCGGGGGGGCGCAGCGACACAGCCACCGUCUACGUCAAUGUAACCGACGCCAACAACUUUGCGCCGGUAUUCGAGAACGCCCCCUACUCAACCAGUGUGUAUGAGGACGCAGUGGUUGGCACCACUGUGCUGGUGGUCAGCGCCACCGAUAACGACGUAGGCCUGAACGCGCAGAUCACCUACUCCCUAGGGGAAGAUAGCGGCAGCGACUCUACUUUUGCGAUUAACCCCCAGACUGGCGCUAUUAUGACUACCAAGACUCUGGAUCGCGAAGCCACCGCUGGGUAUCUUCUGACGGUGACUGCGCGGGAUGGGGGAAACCCCCCAAUGUCUGACACGACAGAUGUGGAAAUUUCGGUAAGCGACGUCAACGACAACUACCCUCAGUUCAGACAGCCCGCGUAUUCCGGCAGCGUUUCUGAGGACGCCCUAGUGGGGACCUCAGUGGUUCAGGUGGCUGCCUCUGAUGCAGACGUCGGGCUCAACGGCCGCAUCCGCUACACCCUAAGCGAGAAGGACCAGGACGACGGCUCGUUUGUCAUCGACCCAGCCAGCGGAGUGAUUCGCACCAACAAAGGCCUGGACAGAGAGUCGGUGGCGUUUUACGAGCUGGAGGCCUACGCGAUAGAUCGAGGCUCGCCCACCUUGAGCAGCUCCGUCCCAGUCACCAUCCGGAUAGAGGACAUUAAUGACUCCCCGCCGGCUUUCGCCUCGGACAAGAUCGUGCUGUACAUAGCGGAAAACAGUCCGAUCGGGUCUACAGUGGGGGAGAUCUAUGCCAAAGACCCUGACGAGGGAGUGAACGCCAUUGUUCAGUACUCGAUAAUAGGCGGGGAGGAUGCGCAGAGCUUCUCGCUCGUCACUCGGCCGGGCUCCGAUAAAGCCGAGCUGCUCACUAUGACCGAGCUGGACUAUGAAACUCCAAAGAAGAAGUACGAUAUCGUGGUGCGAGCCGCCAGUCCGCCGCUCAGGAGUGAUGCGCAUGUGGAAGUCAUUGUAACUGAUGUGAACGACAACGCGCCGACUCUGCGCGAUUUCCAGGUGGUUUUCAACAACUUCAAAGACUGCUUCCCCACUGGGCCCAUAGGGAAAGUGCCGGCCUUCGAUGCGGAUGUCUCGGAUAAGUUGCGGUUUAAAAUCCUGUCUGGCAACAACGCCAAUUUGAUAGCGCUCAAUCAGUCCACUGGGGAUCUGCAGCUGUCGCCCCAGCUCAACACCAACGUGCCCAAGCUGGCGUCUAUGGAGGUGGCCGUGUCGGAUGGGGUGAACGAAGUGAAGGCCAUCAUGCAGCUGAGCGUGCGGCUGAUUACCGAGGGAAUGCUUCGGAACUCCAUAACCAUCCGGCUGAACCAGAUGACCAAAGAGGCCUUCCUGUCGCCCCUGCUAGGGUUUUUUGUGGAUGGCCUGGCGGCCAUCAUCCCAUGUCCGAAGGACAACAUCUUCCUCUUUAGCAUUCAGGACGAUACGGAUGUGAAGGACAAGAUCCUCAAUGUGAGCUUUUCGGUGCGCCGCCCGGACACCACCAAGGAGGAGUUUUACUCCUCGCAGUUCCUACAGGAGCGGGUGUAUCUGAACAGGGGCCUCCUGGCGCGACUUUCCACGGUGCAAAUCCUGCCCUUCGACGACAACCUAUGCGUGCGAGAGCCUUGCCUGAACUACCAAGAGUGUCUCACGAUGCUGAAGUUUGGCAACGCGUCGGGCUUCAUCCACAGCGACAGCGUGCUCUUCAGGCCCAUCUACCCAGUGACUACGUUUACAUGUCAAUGUCCGCGGGGCUUCACAGGGGCGCGCGAGCACUACUUGUGCGACACCGAGGUGAACUUGUGCUACUCCUCGCCGUGCAAGAACGACGGCAUCUGCAAAAUCCGCGAGGGCGGUUACACUUGCGUGUGUCCCGCUAAUUUCACUGGGGAAAAUUGCGAAAUUACGCUAAACGGCGAGGCGUGCAAGCCGAGUGCAUGCCGGAAUGACUUCACAUGCAAUUCCAUGCAAAGGGAAAACGGCGGCUUUGUUUGCGACGACUGCUCCUUCAAUGCCGACCAGGAUUACAGCGCCACCUGCCAACUGAGGGGCCGCAGUUUCACCAAAAGCUCCUUCCUAACGUUCCCCAGCUUGAAGCAGCGGCACCGGCUGCACUUGAAGCUGAGCUUCGCCACCCAAGCUCAGAACGGGCUGCUCUUGUACAACGGCCGCUACAAUGAGCAGCACGACUUUAUCGCCUUGGAGAUCGUUAGAGGCAACGUGCAGUUCUCCUUCAGUCUCGGCAGCUCGAUCACCAAGGUGAUCGCCUCGGUUCCCGGAGGGGUGGCGGACGGCAAAUGGCACUCAGCUACUGUGAGCUACUUCAACAAGUCAGCUACUCUGGCAAUCGACGGCUGCGACAGCGCGCUUGCUUUGAAGCACGGCCGGGAGUUGGGCAGCAAGUGGGCUUGCGCCAGCUUCGCUGAACACAUCUUGGAGUCGCGAUGUGCUUCCCUUACGGAAACUUGCCACCGAUUUCUGGACCUGACUGGUCCUCUGCAGCUGGGCGGGUUGCCAAUGCUGUCUGCCAAGUUCCAGAUUGAGAACUUCCACUAUGAGGGCUGCAUUCAGGACUUUGAGGUCGACUACCGGUUUGUGGAUCUCAAUUUGUUUGUCGCCGACAAUGGCACCACUGCGGGGUGCCCGGAGAAGAAAUCCUUCUGCGCCGUCGCACCCUGCAAGAAUGGCGGCACUUGCCUAGAGGGAUGGACAGUCUUCAAGUGCCUCUGUCCCGAAGGGUAUGGAGGCAGGGACUGUGGGGAGACUAUCGGAUUGCCCUGGCAUUUUUCUGGCGACGGAAUGCUUUCGUUCAACCCCUUGCUCCGGCCCAUCCAGCUGCCGUGGUUGAAUGCCCUGUCGGUGCGGACUCUGCAGGAGGACGCGUUUCUGAUGUCCAUCCAAGUGGGGCAAAACAGCUCUGCCACGCUGGCGCUCCAUAAGGGCCAGCUUUUGUACGUUUACAAUGGGGACGAGCUGGCGCUGGACUCUGUGGCAAUUUCCGAUGGGCAGUGGCACCACAUCGAGGUCUCCUGGAUCGGGACGGAGGUGAAGUUUUCCAUUGACUACGACGAGUAUGCGGCGGUGAUGCCGUUCUCCGAGAAAAUCCAGGGGCUCUACGUGGGGAAGAUCCUGAUCGGGGGCCCGGAUAGCAGCUACAGCAGUUCGAAUGCCGCAUUCGGCUAUCUGGAAGGGUGCAUCCAGGAUGUGCGGAUCGGGAAUCAGCAGACCAGCCUCACUAGGCCUACAGUGAAGGAGAAUGUGGAGGAGGGGUGUUUUUCCUUGAUGGAGUGCCAGAGUCAAUGUCCGGAUGAGGCUGAGUGUACAGUCGGCUGGGGCAGGUCGCAAUGCGAGUGCCACAGCGGGCAUGUGGGGCCGCUUUGCGUGCCGGUUUGUUCGGUAAAUCCAUGCGAGAAUCUGGCUCAAUGUAGGGAAAGCGCAGGGAAUCCCAGAGGGUACGAGUGCCGAUGCAACUCCACUGAGUACUCUGGGGAAUAUUGCGAAAUCAAGCAAGUGCAGCCCUGCCCGGCUGGCUGGUGGGGCCACCCCGUAUGCGGCCCGUGUGGAUGCGAUGUGGAGGCCGGCUACAACCCGAACUGCGACAAGAAGACUGGCAAGUGCCAUUGCAAGGAGAAUCACUACCAACCUGCCGGCACUAAAGAGUGCAUUCCCUGCGACUGCUACUCGGUUGGCUCGUUCAGCAGCCAGUGCGACCUUGAAACGGGAAACUGCCACUGCCGGGACGGGGUUAUUGGGCAAAAGUGCGAUUCCUGCCCCAACUCCUAUGCAGAAAUCACGCUGAAAGGAUGCGAAGUGGUCUAUGAUGGUUGCCCCAGGUCGUCAGCCAACUCCAUCUGGUGGCCGAGGACGGUGUUCGGCCAACAGGCCUUGGAAGUUUGCCCGAAGGGCUCGCAUGGAAAAGCGUCGAGGAAAUGCGACAACGAGAUGGGCGGAUGGCAGGAGCCCGACAUGUUCAAUUGCACAUCUGAUCGCUUUGUCGAACUACGCGAGCAGCUAUCAAAAAUCGAGACUGGCGAGCUGUCGCUGAACUCCUUCGUGGCUAUCAAGCUCACGCACGACCUCAACAGGGCCACAAACGCCACCAAAGAGCUUUACGGGGCCGACGUUUUGGUCUCCUACGACUUGAUCAAAGAGCUCCUCCACUAUGAGUCGCGAGUGCACGGGCUCAAUUUGACUCACAGCCAGGACAAGGAUUACAUCAGCAAUCUGGUGCAUUCGAUCAACGUAGUUCUCGCUGUGAAAUAUGCGGCUCAUUGGGACCGAAUCAAGGAACUGACCGGCGAAAGUGUGGAGAACUUGAUCAGCUUCAUGGAGAAAUACAUUAAUGUUCUGUUGGAGAGCCAGCAUGACACCUACACGAAUCCUUUUGAGAUUGUUUCCCGGAAUGUGGUGUUGGGCCUGGACAUCGUCACUCCCGAGUCCCUCUAUGGAUACGAACCCGAAAUGGGGCUCCCCAUGCCUGGGAACGGCCAAUCGUACACCACAGAAAGCGUGAUUUUGCCCGAUACUUCGCAGUUCAUGCAGGAGAACAAGUAUCAAGUGCCUUUAAUCGGGUUUCCCAAGUACAACAACUACCUGUUCGACAAGUCCAAAUUCGAUCCCAAUUCGAGAGUGUUUAUCCCACUGUCCUUGCUGGGCAUCAAGCCCUUGGAGCAUGGGGAAGUGAUAACGAGGCACAGUUUGCCAGGUGAUGGGGCGAUCGUCAGCUACAUCCAGUAUCGACAGGCUGGGAAUUUGCUGCCCAAGAGGUAUGACGAGUCAGUGGUGCGCCGAUGGGGCGUGGAUAUCACGAUCGGGUCCCCCUUGAUGUCGAUCGGCGUUUUGGUGCCGGAAUAUAUUGAGGCAGUGGAACCAACCACGCAGAGCAACCUCAAUGUGAAACUGCCGGAGAUCGCAAUGCCCGACGACAAAUGGACGAAGAAGAUUUUCGUGGAGCCCCAAGUUAAAGUCCACGAGAACGAGGCGCACUACCUAAGGUCAAGGGAACGGAGGGAUAAGGAUGUGACGAAGAAAUUGCUCUACAGGAGCUUAUCGGGAAUUCCCCUCAAAUCCCCCAUACGGCUGCAGAUUUGGCUCAAUUCCAGCGACACUCUGUUCAACGAACGCUCCAAUCCCCAGUGCGUCCAUUGGAGCACCGCAAGAGGAUUUGGAGAAUGGUCCAGAGUCGGCUGUCGCACCGAACUAGAAGAGAACUGGUUCGAUAAUUUGGACGAAAAUUGCGUGGUGAUCAACUGCAGCUGCAACCAUUUAACCACCUUUGCCAUUCUGGUGGACGUGGUGGACUUGGAUUACAUACCCGAGCCAUCGCUGCUUGAAACCGUCUCAAGCUACAGCUGUUUCUCCAUAUCGCUGCCUCUGCUGCUUGGGACCUACUUGAUAUUGGCGCUAAUUCGCGGCUUGCAGACCAACUCUAACACCAUAAGGAAGAACUUGGUGCUCUGUGUUUUUUUGGCCGAGCUGCUCUAUUUCGUUGCGUUGAAGGCGAGAAAAUUCAUGGUUUCUAUAGAGUUUUCCUGCAAAUUGGCGGCCAUUGGCCUGCAUUAUCUGUGGCUGGCGUCGUUUUCCUGGAUGUUGGUGGACGCGAUUCAUUUAUACAGGAUGUUGACGGAAAUGCGGGAUAUCAAUCACGGGCCGAUGCGCUUCUACUACAGCAUGGGCUAUGUAGGGCCGGCUGUAGUGGUGGCUUUGGCUGUAGGAGUCAGAGCCCACCAGUACGGGAAUUACUACUUCUGUUGGGUCUCGCUCUAUGAGAGCGUGGUUUGGAGCCUGGUGGGCCCAACUUGCCUGCUCACAUUUGCCAAUCUCUGCAUCCUGCUUCUAUCGAUCAGGGCUGCGUUCACCAUCCAGGACCAUGUGCUGGGCUUUGGGAAUCUCAGAACACUCCUGUGGGUCUCAGUGAUCGCUCUUCCAUUGCUGGGCAUCACCUGGGUGCUGGCGCUUCUAGCGGCCUCAGAACGGCAUCCGCUUCUGAUGCCGUUUUUGUCUGCCGCUGUUCUCGUGCACGCCGCUUUCUCUUUGGCCGGCUACUGUUUCGCCAACAAUCGCGUCCGGCAGAAUCUUCUGAGGACUUUCAUGCGCUGCAUGGGCAAGAAGGUGCCUUUACUGGACACCCAGUCAGUGGCGGGCGUGCCGAGCACCAGCAGCCAGAACAUUUCAGCCCAAUCUCGGUCUGCAUUGACGUACCACGCAGGACUAGAUCCGACCAGCAGACGAAACAUUGGCAUAUCGACUUCAAGCACCACUUCCAGAUCAACAACUAAAACCAGCUCGAGUCCUUACAGGAGCGACACCCAUUUGCGUCACACCUCAACAUCCACGUCCAACUACAACUCAACCAGCGACGUCCCCUCAUACCUGAGAGGUUUUGAGCAGGAGGAGAGAAGGUCGCGCCGCAGAGAAAGAGGUGCUGGAGACAAUGACCAUGCUGCAGGGCGAGAGCGCGGGGAUAGCGAUUCGGACAGCGACGGCUCGGAGGGCCGCAGUUUGGAUCUAGCGUCCAGCCAUUCGAGCGAUGACGACGAGUCCAGCGCUAGACGCCAUCAUAGUCGCAAUCAUAUUUCAAGGCAAGGAUACCUUCCGAAUAUAACCGAGCAUGUGGCGUCACGGUGCGGCACGCCUCCUUCCCUCAAUGUGGUGACCAACUCCCAACUGUUCCCGGCAAUUCAGCCCACGUACGGCUCAAGAUGGGCCAGCCAGUUGCCCGAAGCUUACUUGCCCAAUGUGAACGUGCCGGAAGUGGGCCGAUGGUCAGCCGAGACCGGCUCAGACAACGAGUUUGUGCACAAGAACUCCCCCAAUCCGCUCCCCAAUCCGGAUGUUACUCCCGAAACGUGCUUGCGCACCAUCGGGUCUGAACAGUAUAUGGUGCAGGCCCACUAUAACAACCACUACAACGCUAAUAUGCAGUUCAAGGGGGACUAUGUGGGGAAAAUGAUGCCUCCUGAUAGCGUCAACUACCAGGACUACGAUCGAUGUUCGGACCUUGAAGAGAAGCAUCAUAUGAACGACAAGUAUUCGUUUCCCUACACUGACAACAUGCUGGAAGCCGAAGAGGAUCAUGUGACUGUCCAUAGCAAUUAUCUGCCGGCCUCGCAGCCAGGGAGUCGGCUGAUGUCUCCAGUGGCCAGUGAUGUCAACAAUCUGGACUAUCAUGGGCAGGGUUUAGGCUCCAGAAUGGGGUCACGGAUAGCAUUAAGGAAAAGGAUGAGGAAACACCGGUGUGAAAGGCCGCAGGAAUUGGAAGGUGUCUAGUUUUAAACCAAAUGUGCUUUUGUAUAGGCAAUGGGGCAUUGUAGCCCAACAUAAGAGGCUUGGCAGUUAAGAUAAGUAGGCUAUAAAGAGAUUUCUAAUUGAUAGGUAACUGAUGAACAUCUAAAACAGUGUAAAUAAAUCGACUCAAGUUUUGGUUUGAACGGUCAGGGGGCUUAAAGUUGCUCAUUCCGGUUUGACGGUAUUUUUGCUAACAAUUUAUAGUGUUUGGAGCGAGGAUAGUGAUAUUUUCAUAGCAUGUUUCGACUCAUUAAACAGCAUUUUUUUUAA